UGACGAGCACGACGACCAUGGAGAUGGGCAGCUUGCUACCUCACGCCGCCUCACUAUUCGCUGUUUCCAUGGCGAGCUUGAUGAUUGCAGCGGUGCUUUCCAUCGUCAGGCGGCCGUGGCCGUGGAAGACGGCGGCGAUCAGCCGGGAAGCCGUGCUCCGCCUCCUCGGCGUCCGCCUGGGCGACGUGCCGACGACCGUCGUCAGGGACGGCGCCGUCGCGGUCGACGCGCUCGUCCGCCGCGCCGACGCGUUCUCCGACCGCCCCGCCGGCGGCGGCGCCACCUCCAUCGUCUCCGGCGGCCGCGCCCACAACAUCAACACCGUGCCGCACGGCCCGCUCUGGGUCGCGCUCCGCCGCAACCUCACCUCGGAGGCGUUCCACCCGGUGCAUGGCCUCGCGCGCGCCGCGCCCGGGCGCUCGUCGAGGACGUCUCGGCCUCCGCGGCGCGCUCCGCCGGCGGAGGGGCAGGCGUGGUGGUGCCCGUCCGCGACUGCCUGUACGCCGCGCUGUUCGCGCUCAAUGUGGCCACGUGCUUCGGCGACGGCGUGGACGGCGAGCUCGUCGGCGCCAUGCGCGCCGCGCAGCAGGAGUUCCUCCGCUUCCUCCCCCGCGCCCGCGUCUUCUCCACGUUCCAGAAGGCGGCGAGGCUGGUGUACCCGGACCGAUGGAAGCAGCUGCUCCGCCAUCGCCGGAGGCAAGAAGAGAUGUAUCUCCCACUGAUCAGAGCAAUCAACGAGCAGCGCCGCACCCGCGGCACGCCAUCUCCGCCGCCGCCGACGACGUACGUGGACACUCUCCUGUACCUCGAGGUCCCGGCGGACGACGGGCGGCGUCGGCGGAAGCUCUCCGACGGCGAGAUGGUGGGCCUCGUGUCGGAGUACCUGGGCGCGGCGACGGGGACGGUGGUCGCCCAGCUGGAGUGGGCGCUGGCGAACCUAGUGCGGCGGCCGGACAUCCAGACGCGGCUGUGCGGCGAGGUCGAGGCGGCCGCCGGCGGCGAGCCGUGCGCGUACCUGAGGGCCGUGGUGAUGGAGUGCCUGCGGCGGCAUCCUCCGGUCUCGUCCGUGCAGCGGCACAUGGUGCGCGACGUGAUGCUCGGCGGCGCGCACGUCGCGCGGGGUAACGUGGUCAGCUUCGCCAUAGAAGAAAUCGGGAGAAGACAACAUGAUAUGGACAUCGUCGGAAGAGUUCUCGCCAGAGAGGUUCAUGGAGGGCGGGGAAGAAGGGGUGAGGUUGGCCAUCGGCAGCAAGCAGGAGGCAACAACUAAGGUGAAAAUGAUGCCGUUCAGCGCCGGGCGAAGGACGUGCCCCGGGAUGGGAUAUGCCAUCCUGCACCUGGAGUACUUUCUC